AUGCACCGUAGAGCAAUUCAGGAAUCGGACGACGAAGAGGAUGAGACAUACAACGACGUCGUUCCUGAAUCUCCUUCUUCUUGUGAAGAUUCGAAGAUCUCAAAACCAACACCUAAGAAAAGUCGGAGGAGCGUAGAGAAGAGAGUUGUCUCCGUUCCGAUUGCUGACGUAGAAGGAUCUAAGAGUAGAAGCGAGGUAUAUCCACCGUCCGAUUCCUGGGCCUGGAGAAAGUACGGACAAAAACCGAUCAAAGGCUCGCCUUAUCCCAGGGGAUAUUACAGAUGCAGUAGCUCAAAAGGAUGUCCGGCGAGGAAGCAGGUAGAGAGGAGCCGUGUGGACCCCUCAAAGCUCAUGAUAACUUACGCCUGCGAUCACAACCACCCUUUUCCCUCCUCCGGCAACAACAAGUCGCACCACCACCGAACCAGCACCGUCAUCCUCAAAACCGCCAAGAAAGAGGAGAUUCUAGAAGAAGACGAGGAGGAUGAAGCAACCGUCGCCGCCGAGGAGCCGGUGGGACUAGAUCUGAGCCACGUCGACUCGCCGCUGCUCUUAGGUGGCUGCUACACCGAAAUCGGCGAGUUCGGGUGGUUCUACGACGCGUCGAUCUCAUCGUCGUCCGGUUCGUCGUCGAUCUACGGUGGGAGUUUCCUCGAUGUUACCUUAGAAAGGGGUUUUUCAGCAGGCGAAGAGGAAGAUGAGUCUCUGUUUGGCGAUCUCGGCGAUUUGCCUGAUUGCGCUUCCGUGUUCCGCCGUGAGACGGUGGCGACGGAGGAGCAACAUCGGAGAUGCGAUUUUGGCGCCAUUCCCUUCUGUGAUAGUUCUAGAUGA